AGAGGGUAGUCUGAUGGUAGCAACACUAUUGGUUCCACUCAUUCGUCUUGUGCUUCCAUGCGAGUGCAUAUGCGCGCGGUGCAUCAGUCGCGUGGCCGGUUGAGUGCAUGUUUUCCAGUAUUUUGGCGGGCAUUCUUGUCGGAUGAGUCGUUCGCGAGAUGAAGAUACUUUGGACGGAAUAGAUUGUUUUAUCCUUUCCUGAGUAGAUUCGAGGCUUCUUAGAGAUGAGUGAUUGAAGGCAGCAUACCUGUUGCUGAAAAGGACUAUCGCGGACAGAACUUGUGGGUUAGUCACUAAUGAGUAUUGUCUUGUAUUCGCGGUCCAUUGUUUCAUCCUCUGUUGCAUUGGUGCAUGUAUUCGGAUCCAGAUAACUUUUUAUGGUGGUUAUCACCGUACUGAGGUACAUACAUUGUUAUUUGUCGCUGAAGAAGUAGAAAAAGUGAAAUUGGCCAGCGAAAGUCCGGGUUGGCUGCGGAGUGGAUAGUGAUAGAGUAGCCCCACGUCUUCAAUGUAUCUAUUAGCCUAAUGUGCAGUGUAAACCCCAAAUCUAAGAUAGUUAAGUAGAUUCAAGUGUGCUUACUUGAUUAUUUCCCUGUUUACCCAAUUACUUAAGCAAAUAUACAUGUUAUGACUGGAAGGUGUUAAUUCACAUGGAAUACAGUAAUUAUUCUCAAGGAGAGCGCCGUUCGCCAUUCGUAAGAGGAUACACGUAUUUAAGGCUUACAGUUUGAGUGUCGCUAUGGAUAAGAGGUCCAUGUCUAGGCUGAAUCGUAGACGCCCACCGAACUUAAAUCUGAAGACACAAUCCACACGAUACACUGAACCACAAGACCCAGAUGGAAACAGGGAAAAUGAACAUACGAAUGUGAUUCCACCAUCAGUGCCUGUUUUUGCCUCUGUACAUCGUCCCCGUCAUGCAAGUAUUUCAGCAAUAAAACGAGACAAUCCUUCGGGUAGUGGCGGACAGCACCAGCAACUGCUUUGUGAGGCUCAAAGUCAGAGUCCACUGAGAGGUGAACAACAACAUCAAAAUCAACAUGAACUAGGCCAGCAAAGUCGUCCGGUAUUUCGAGCUAAUGGCAUCCACUCAAAUAUUCCGGGCACCUCUGACUUUCAAAGACCUGGUGUUAUCCUUGAGUCUGGAGACAAUGGAAAUUCCAACGUGCCAUUAACAGGAGUGGAAUCAGCAAUCAGCAAAGGCACGUCGAGAAGUGUAGAACCUGCCGCUGUGAGUAUCAAGCAAUCAUGGCAAGGAAUACAUCACCACCACGGAAGCCAUCAUUCCAACUACCAACAACAUCAUUCACCAAUCGCUGUCGCAAUUCCACAACCAUUCUAUCAUCAGAAUCAGCAACAAAGUGGCGUCACUAGCGGUGAGAGUGCGAAUGGCUCAAGUGGCAUCACAGGAAGCAGCCACCCCCACCUCCCCGGGUCGGGUCAGACUCAACCGGUUGUAGUGUCGACAGCUCAUCAAUUACAAGCAACAACCGCGGCCGAGUCGCGAAGUCGGAUACCAAUGUCCAACGCCCAACAGCAGAAUUUUAAUCAAAUUUCGAAAACGGCAACCAAUUUACUAAACGACAUCUAUGAAAAGCACUUGUUGAGUCAGACAACAUUUCAGAAUGUGUCGCUGCCGAAUAACCGUCCCCCGAUGCUCCCGAAUGGUUUCGUUGUCCUGCCCGCUCUGAAUAUGACCUCGACCGCCAAUCCGUCAUUCAUCGCGGAGAAUGGGCAAGGUAGCACCCCCAGUGCUGAACAGUUGAGUAAUUUACUUCAUUUGCAACAAAGGCAUCAGCUGCAGCAGAAGAUGCACCAUCUACAGCACGUACAAGGCCAACCUGUCCCAAAUGGAUUCAAUUCAGUCUCUUUAGUUACAUCUGUCAAACACCAGCAAUUGCGAGUCCCUCUUUCUGCCAAUACUCCAAAUCACCAUCAAAACCACCAACAAAUGCAUCAUCACAACCACCAGCAACCAAAUCAUCACACCUUCUAUCAAGUCAUCGGUAGAGAGGGUCCACCACCAGAGCCAUCUCAGCACUUGUAUGAAAUUGUCAACCCACCGCCCUUACCUGCCACUUCCACUCCAAACAGAAUACCAAGAAAACGAACUCCAGGAAGAAUUGUAAGAAAAUCGUCUUCCUCAGGAGGAGAGGAAAAUGGCAAACAAAGUGCACAGCUAUUGACGACAAGGAAGCAAGCAGUGGGCGACGAGAAUUAUUGUAGGGAACCGCAUCAUCAACGUCAACCUAAUCGGCAACAACAACCAACACCCCCGCAGCAUGGAUUACACGCUCAACAUUCGCGCCUCGUCUACAACCCUCAACCUCGAACCCGAGCCGAUGGUGAAAACUAUCCGGACAACCCCAGUUCAAGCAAGCAAAGAAGUGCAAAUGUCAACACAAGUGGAAGCUCCUUGCAUCCUAUGCAAAACACUGCUUCCAUGCUACUACCCCCGCCGGCUCCGUUCAACACGCCUCAAGUAGUCGUCCAGAAUCCUGACAUUGUCGCUAACGAACGACCAGCGAAUUUAAAAUUAGGAGGAAUUCCGGUUGCAAAUAAUGUGGAAGUCACCAGCAAACCACCCCCACCACCUCCUCCCUCGGGACUAUCAUCGAUUCGGGAAUCAUGUGGAGUUGCUGAUGGCGACAUUUCACGUUCGGAAUUUGAGGAAUUCAACGGAAGAGGAGGUCCUCAUCGGAAGAGUGGCAGCACCAAGACGACUGUUGCGAAAUACCAAUAUCGGAAUAGUAAAAUUGAUUUAAUGGUGGAGACGGCACAGGCCGUGGCUGCAGCGGAAUACUAUGCCAGGGCUGCCCAAAAGCUAGCGCAGAGUGAAACAUCGAAAAGUCGCUCGACCGAAAUGACGAAUGCCAGUCGCAAUGGCGGAUUUUGUGGGGCCUUACAACGGGCUCCGCCACCAAUCCCGGCGGGACUGGCCAGGCGAUUUGCGAACAAGGAAAAUUAUGGCAUUGGCAGGGUGAAAGUUAUGUUGCGUGUCUCGGAUAGUCCCAGUGUUACUGAUGACGACGCUCGACCUCACUUUAUGACUGUCGAUAAGAAAAAGCGACAAGUGACGCUAUCGGAUCCUACAACAUGCACCGCUGUGGCUUCCACAUCGCAGGAACGAGGCCCAAUGGUGGCCGCACCGAAAAUGUUUGCAUUUGAUGGCCUGUUUACGACCGAGGAUUUACAGAGCGACAUAUGUGCGUCAGCCCUGUCUGAAGUAAUCCCUGCUGUUUUGGAAGGAUCUGAUGGAUGUCUGCUGACGAUAGGAUAUCCUAAUUCGGGUCAAUCGCGAACCAUGCUGGGAUCUGUAACGCAACCGAACGAUUUAGGAGCAAUCCCGUGCGCGAUAGCAUGGCUAUACAAGGGUAUCAACGAACGACGACAAAAAUCGGGAUCCCGAUUUUCUGUUCGAGUUAGUGCUUUAGGUGUAAGUGCAACGAAACCGGAUUCAUCAUCGAAGGAUUUACUGGCAGCACAUGCGACAGAAUCCGAUGAUUCGCCAGGUGUAUAUUUGCGUGAGGAUUUUCUUGGUGGGCCCACGGAAUUACGUGCUCCCACGGCAGAACGUGCAGCAUUGUUUUUAGACGCGGCACUUGCCGGAAGGCCCCAAAGUAGCUUAGAACCUGCCAUGAUAUUCACAUUGCAUGUUUAUCAGUAUAGCUUAUCAAGGAAGGGUGGAGUUGCCGGAGGACGAAGUCGAUUACAUCUAAUCGAUUUAGGCGGUUGUGCGAAUCGCAAUGGGGGUUUGCCUUUGUCGGGGAUUGGAAAUAUUUUGUUGGCGAUAUUGAGCGGACAGCGACAUCCACCGAACAAGGAUCAUCCUCUAACGCCACUUUUAAAAGACUGUUUAGCGCCAUUAGAUUGUCACGUUACUAUUUUAGCACAUGUUUCACACUCUCAGACACACACCGAUGCUCUCACCACGAUUCAACUGGCUUCCAGGAUACACAGGAUGCGACGUAGAAAGCAUCGAUUCCCCAUUUCGGCGGAUAAAACGCUUGGCCUUGCUGCAGGACAUCAAUCUGGCGGUUCAUCGGAAGGGCCAGAUCCAUCAAGUUCUGAUUUAUCGGCUGACACUGUUAUUUAUAUGGGUCCUUGUGAUGAUGCAACGGAUGGCGAGCAUCCACCGGUCUAUUUGCCAUCCCUAAGCUCGGGCGAUAAUCGAUGUGCCAUGAAUAAAGUCCUUAAGGGUGCAUGUGUAGAUGGGAAGUCAUCGUCAUCAUCAUCAUCAAAAAUACCAGCGAAGAAAGGUGGUGCGACGAAACCCCAAAGUCCUGUUGUAACGCACCGAACCGAUAGCCUAAAACGUUCCAAUGUUCCUAGUCCUGUCAACACAGCAGAUAUCCAGCCUCCUUUAUUCGGAUCCGGUCCCAUUUCGCAAAAGAGUAUAUCCGCCAGCUCAUCGCCAAAGAUGGUGUCAGGGGUGAUGCGACAUCCUGGCAUCAAUAAAGGUUCAAAUGUUCCUACCCCGAAAGGUUCACCACUACGUCGACCAAACGUGGGUGGUUCGAAUCCUGAAAGUCCUUUACGUCAGAUCAGCGAAGAGCAGUGGAUUGAUGGUCCGCGAGUCUCAAGAUCUAAAGUUGCUGAAGCCAGGCAUCUACUAAGGGAAAUAAACCAUGUAAAACAAUGUGAAACGUGGAUCGAUGGUCCAAAGUCAGCUAGUUCUAAACCUUUGACAGUGGCUAAUCUUCCUAACAGCGCGCAACAAGCGAAUGGAUAUGGCUUUAUGGACAGUCAUAAGAAAACCAUGAUUCGCCAGUGGGUUGAGAACCAAUCAAGUCACGUUAUGCAAUCCAUGACGGUAUCUCCCUCCCAUCAAACGCAUCACGUUCAGCAACAACAGCAGCAGCAACAGCAACAACUACAACAACAGCUUCGCACGAUGACAUAUCAAUUAACACAAUUCAACAAACAAAAGUCUGAAGAUGACCAGCACUCGAUGGGAAGUCAUGCAGAAAUGAUCAAUCCCAUUGGUCCUGGUCUUCUAAACAACACUUUCAACGCCAGCAAUGCUGUCGAAUCUUCAGUUCGUAGUGGUCUUCUUAAGUUAGGUAGCGGUAACAGUAACAGAGAAGAGACUGAUAUUCAUUCGGAAAAAUCAGGGAUAUCUGCACAAAUUGCACAAAAUUGCCAAGAUGGGUUGGACAUGCCCGAAGAGGAAGACCAGGAUAGUGGUCCGUCUGAAGUACCGCCAGCUCUUCCACUUAUUGAGCCAUUAGGCUCCAGGGAAAUAUCCCACGAGAGUUUGCAUCGGAUCAUCUCCAGGCAUGUCUCCCGGGAAAGUUUGUCCGUAACUCAGCACAACAUUCAGACGAUAGAUUGUGGCCUACAAGUGACUGAAGAGGAGAUUGCCAAAACUAUGGGAUGUGAGCAUCCACUUGCUGCUCUCAGUCACGGAGAUGUAUCUGUGGUGUCUAGCUUUAACAUAGGUGACGCGUUUAGCGAUUGUGCGCUUGGUGAGAGGACAAGAAACCAGUUCGACCAGCUAGCGCGCCUCCGUGAAAUUUUCACAUCACAACUGGCAAUGGCUGAAGUGACACCAACAUUUCGAAUACACGACGCCGGGAGCGUAUACAGUGAACCGGCCUUCCGAUUCAACGCAGGUCCAGGCAGCGUUUGUAGCGAGCCAGCAUACCGUCCUCCGAGUCCAAGGUGCCGUGGUUGCAGGCAAUCAUUAAUUCCAUCCAGAACACCGAGCCAGACUUCCUUGCCGAGUUUGAAUGGGAUCAUGCAGAUUGCAGGCAUGGAGCAGUAUGCAUCGCUGAGGCAUCCGGACGGUGCAUCGGAUCCGAAUCUUCCGAAAUUGGAGAAACAGGGAAACAGCGACGAGCACGACGAGGAAGAAGUGAAUGAGAAAUCUGAACUCCUAUCAAAAUUAGCCACCGAAACCACACCAAUUGUCUCCCAAAAUCAGAUCUCUCAGUUACCUCUGCUACCUCUCACUACCUCAGAAGCGGCCUACGAUAGCGGACAUGACUCUUCCACCCCUCGGACUUCCAAACAUUCGGGAAUUUCACGGCGAGCUGAGAGUGGAUACCAUAGUGUUGCGACCGCUAGAGAUAGUGACGAAUCAAGCUUUAUGUCAGGAAUUUCGAAGGAGCACCAUAACCGGAUCACCAUGAAAAAGAAGCGUCAGGACAAGUCCCUGUGCAACUGGCUGAGGAACCCUUUCACCUGUACCUACCCAGAAACAGAAGGAGAGAUCAGCGAUUUUUGAGGUAUGUUGGAUGCUUCUUUUCCAAUCUUCCAUUUUGUAUCUAUCGCGAGAAGACUGUUAUUAGAAAAUGAUGUUGCGCUAGCCAGAUUUCGGUUUGUGAAAUCGAUAUCCCACCGAUACCAACGAGGAAGGACAAAAAUUGAACAGAAUUUUGUUAAUAUUAGCUACGUACGUAUAAGUUGUACAAUGUGCCAGUGCUUUAUCCGUUUGUGUUUGUCUGUUGAAUAAAGGAGAAAACCGAGAGGUAGUUCUAUGGCUCUGUUAAUUGUUACGGACUUUGUUAUUUAAUUGAGGUUUUCAGUUUUAUGCUAGUUCAGAUAUUCGAAUAUUAAUUGAGUGAGUGGUAGCCUAGCAUUGGUGUGAUAUUUGGAGGAUUUCAGAGGCAGGGUCCUGCCCCCAAAACUGUUUAAACCUCAACUUUCAACAUGACAUUCUUGCUGUGCUAUGACUAUCGUGGUCAGUUGGAUAUACGUUUUAGAUAUUGCCUAUCAAAUUAUUUUGGGGUUGGAUUAUAUACUCAAGUAAUAAGUGAAUCGUCCAAUUCUCGGCCUAAUUUCUCCGUGUUUUUUGCAAUAAAAUUAAUUAACCCCACUUAUAACAACACAAUUUCGGGACGCUAACACUAAAUAUUAUACCAAUGCCAGGAUCCUGCAAUAAUGUACUCUAAUUCGCGUUAAAAUAUUUGAUAGCUGAUUUUGCGUUCACCGAUAAAAUCAAUCGUUUUUUUGUAAAGAGUUGGUCGCAAGGUUUUCAUGAUUUUCAUCUUCCUGGCCUGUCAAAGAGGGGAAGAAAAGGGGUAAUUUAAACAGAUUAAACUAUUCCUUCAAUUUCAGGGGACGAGCGCAAAUUUUUGAUCCCCAGGUUCGGAUUUUCUCCCUACAAUCCUCAUGCGUUUAAAUGGAGUAUAAUUGCUAUACUAGUCACAAUCAAAGAUGUCUCACUUACCUUUGGCAUCCCCUUCUUUCAGAUUGGCAGGUGAAUCUUCUUUUUCUUCAGCCUUUGGCCCAUUCACAAGAUAUUUACAUCCAUGCACGCA